AUGUCUGAACGUAUUCGAAGUACUCAAGGACAGAAAAAAAUUAAGGAUGAAAAAGAUUUGUUAAGUAAAACAAUUCAAUCAAUGGAGAAUCAAUUAGCAGCAAAAAUGUUGCUUUGCCAAAAAUUGGAAGAAAAGGAAAGAAUUUUAAUUGAACAAAGGGGGACUUUGGAACACGAAAUUAGAAUUCGUGAACAACACAACGAGUCAUUGAAAAAGAAGGCUUGUGAAUUUUCACAAUUAUCUACGGACUUGAAACUUCGUUUGGAACGUUUGGAUGUUCAAUUUAAUGAAUUGAGAGAGAAUGUAAUAAAAAAAGCUUCGACACACGAAGCUGAUGCUAACAAAAUUAAACGUUUGGAGGAAGAAAAAAGUUCAAUGAAACGUAAGCUUGAUAGAGCAAAGAAAAUGGAAAAAUUGGAAAAUGUAGAUCAAGUUAUACAAGAAGAAAAUCGAAUAUUGAGGGUAAAAUGGCUCUAUCUUAGGACAUGCGUCCCAUGGACAUUUAUGCGUCCCAUAAACAAAAAAUUGAAUUUUUCUUGGUGUUGCAAAGUUGAGGUAUGGUUCCAAAACAUUUCUUCAUGUUCGGGACCUACGCCCACUGGGUCUGGGACUGUUCCUUACCCUAUCCAUCGAAAUUUCUGA